UUUACCAAAGCCUCCCACUUCGAGAUUUUCAACCCUUCCGAGUGUCCCCAAGUUCUUAGCUGAUUCCUCUUCUCCUCUUUCUUUCAAAUCUUUGUCCGAACGCAAAUCGAUAAAUUUCUCACAAAUGCGGCGUUUUGCCCUCAAAUCUUCCCACUAGUCCAUUCUAUUUCGGCGUCUAAUCGGAAGUCCCAAUCUUUCCACUCCUUUGGCCGCCUUCAGGUAUUGGAGAAUGGCAAAAACUUCACAAGAGAAAGAAUGGCAGGAGAUGCUAAGAAGAAUGCUGCCUCCAGGGAUGCCAAUGCCAGAGGGAAAUACAAACCUUGACUACUCCAUUGCACUGGAGUAUGAUGGCCCACCAGUGUCAUAUGAUCUUCCCCAGGUUGACCCCGUGGACCUCAGUUAUUCUGCAAUCCCAACAGCUGAGCCAGUCACUAAUUCUCAGAGAUCCUUUAAUGGUGUUGAUGCUCCUGUGGUUGACCCUAUACCCUCGCCUGUCUCUCGAAUUGCCCAUGAAAAUGGUUCCCCUUCACAUAGCCGUCAUGUCUCUGUGAGCUCUGUGUCAGUAGCAUCAGCCCUUCAAAACCAGGAAUCCCCCUCUCGUUCAGUUUCGGAAUCCGCCGGUUCUUCCCAUAGUUCUCCAAGCAGUCUGCCUCUGAAUCUACCGAUUGAGACGAGGAGAGUGUCCAUUGUAACUUUUGAGAAUGUUGAAAAGUCGGAGGCUAAAGACCUCUAUUUAGAGAGAUCAACUUCCACUCACUAUGUUGGCGUUUCACGGAGAGAGAAGAGGAGGCGGGCAUGCUACCGCUGCGGGAAGAGGAAGUGGGAGAGUAAGGAGUCAUGCUUGGUCUGUGAUGCUAGAUACUGCUGUUACUGUGUUCUGAGGGCAAUGGGGUCCAUGCCAGAGGGGAGAAAGUGUGUUACUUGCAUUGGCCAGCCAAUUGAUGAGUUUAAGAGGUUCAAAUUAGGCAAGAGUUCUAGGAUGUUGUCCCGGUUGCUCAGUCCAUUGGAAGUUAGACAAAUUUUGAAAGCAGAGAAGGAAUGCCCAGCAAACCAGCUCAGGCCCGACCAGCUUGUUGUGAAUGGUUGCCCUUUGAGGCCAGAAGAGAUGGCAGAGUUACUUAGCUGUCCAUUACCUCCUCAGAAGUUGAAGCCUGGAAGGUAUUGGUAUGAUAAGGAAUCCGGACUUUGGGGAAAGGAGGGGCAAAAACCAGAUAGAGUUAUUAGUUCAAACUUAAAUUUUACUGGGAAGCUAGCUGCUGAUGCAAGUAAUGGAAACACUCAAGUGUAUAUAAAUGGCAGGGAAAUAACAAACGUAGAACUGAAAGUGCUAAGGUUGGCAAAUGUGCAAUGUCCACGUGAUACUCAUUUCUGGGUUUAUCAUGAUGGUCGCUACGAAGAGGAAGGCCAGAAUAAUAUCAAGGGCAAUAUUUGGAAGAAGGCAUCAACACGGUUGUUGUGUUCUUUGGUAUCUCUUCCUGUCCUUCAUGCAUCUUCUCCUGGGACGAAGGAUGAAGCUCCUUAUUCUGCCAGAACUGUCCCUGAUUAUUUAGAGCACAAAAGGAUUCAUAAGCUUCUACUUCUUGGACCUCAAGGGUCAGGAACAAGUACCAUAUUCAAACAGGCUAAGUUUUUGUAUGGAAAUAAGUUCACUCUAGAAGAACUAGACAACAUUAAGCUAAUGAUUCAGAGCAACAUGUACAAAUAUCUCAGUAUUUUGCUAGAGGGUCGAGAGCGCUUUGAGGAGGAGGCGUUGUCUAGGUUGAAAGCCACUGACUCCAAUGGUCGAGCUUCAUCUAAUGGCGAAGAUGAAGGUGAAACCAGUGGGCCAGUCCAAUGUGUUUAUUCCAUAAAUGGAAAAUUAAAGCAGUUUUCCGAUUGGCUUUUAGACAUCAUUGCAAUGGGAGAUUUGGAUGCCUUUUUCCCAGCUGCAACACGGGAAUAUGCUCCUGUGGUUGAUGAGAUGUGGAAAGAUCCUGCCAUACAGGAGACAUAUAAGAGGAGAAAUGAGCUUCAUUUUCUUCCUGAUGUUGCCGAGUACUUCUUGAGCCGGGCGAUCCAGGUAUCAAGCAAUGAGUAUGAACCUUCUGAGAAAGAUAUAUUAUAUGCCGAAGGGGUAACACAAGGGAAUGGGUUGGCCUUCAUCGAGUUCUCACUUGAUGACCGCAGCCCUAUGUCAGAGUCAUUUGAUGAAAACCCUGAUAUUCAUUCCCAACCUCUUACCAGAUACCAAUUGAUUCGAAUAAGUGCCAAGGGAAUGAAUGAAGGCUGCAAAUGGAUGGAGAUGUUCGAGGAUGCCCGAACAGUAAUAUUCUGUGUAGCUCUCAGUGACUACGACCAGUUGGCUGUCCCGGUUCACGGUAGCUGUAAACCGCUCCAAAAUAAGAUGAUGCAGACCAAGGAACUCUUCGAGAACACAGUGAAGCAGUCGUGCUUGCGAGACACACCUUUUGUUCUCGUGCUUAACAAGUACGAUCUUUUCGAGGAGAAAAUUAGUCGUGUGCCUCUGUCCACUUGCGAGUGGUUUGAUGACUUUUCUCCAGUGAGAACACACCACAACCAACAGUAUCUAGCACACCAGGCUUAUUACUACAUUGCAAUGAAGUUCAAAGACCUCUACUCAUCACUUACCAACCAGAAACUUUUUGUUUGGCAAGCUCGAGCUCGGGACCGGCCUACGGUGGAUGAAGGCUUCAAGUACAUAAGAGAAGUGCUCAAAUGGGAUGAAGAGAAAGACGGUGCCUGUUAUCAUGAGGAUUCCUUUUUCAGCACCACAGAGCUCAGUUCUUCGCCUUUUAUCCGGCAGGAGUAAUCCAUGUCUUAUGUCUCUCAAUGUGAUAACAGUAUAUUUGUGUAGCUUUCUUAUUUAUUUAUUUUAUUUGUAUUUGAUUGAGCAUCCCUGUUUUAAAAUGCUAAGGUUGAUCAAAUUCUUUGCCAUUUUGUAUGGAAGUACUAUUGAAAUCA